AGUGUAUCGAUCGAAAAUCUAAAAAUAAACACCGAGACACCCAAAACACGCGAGAGAGGGUAGGGAAUUCUACUACACCCGAUUAGUGACCGCAUACCCUGGCUACAGGGGCAGGGAUUUUGUAAUUAAUUUAGAGGGAUGAUUUCACAGAAGCUCAAGAUGCUUCGUGUUUGGUUGGUCUUCUGCUGCACUUUCGCCGUAUCCAAGCCGCAGACGACAGUUCUGCGAGAAAGCACGUGCUCCGCCGGGGGUCAGUCCGCCAUCAUACAGGACGGAGCCCAGGCAAUGAUCGGGGGCAUCAUUGCUAUGAGAAGGAUAGGAACAAACGGAUACGGGUGUGGCGAUAUUUCAACAGGAACGAUGCAAUCCUACGAGGCAAUUCGCUGGGCCUUGGAUAGAUUGAACAAAAAGAACACAGUAUUGAAUGGAGAGUUUUUGACUGACAGCUACGUCCCCGGGGUUAAACUAGGCAUGAAGGUUUACGACUAUUGUUCGCAAAAAUCCUUAGCUAUUGGUAGUGCCCAGGAAUUGUACCCACAAUUCAGUGCGGAGUCCAGGGACUGUGUCAAAAAUGGAUCACACGUUAUGCUGGGACUGGUUGGCGGUACUUCUAGUACAGUGGCAGUAGAACUGAGUGAUUUUGCGACAGCCCACAAUAUUCCACUAGUGUCACCUUUUGCCACCGCGACUAAGCUGAGUAACACACAGGAUUUCCCAUAUUUCAUGAGGACAGUACCAACAGACGGCCCUCUUAUGGAUGCUAUAAUUGCAUUCAUGAACGAAGUAAACUGGAAAUACGUAGUUGUUGUUUAUACUGAUGAGACUUACGGUAAGGAAGCGUUGGCUGAACUGAGGCCUCGUCUGGUAGCCGCUGACAAGUGUCUGACCAUGGCAAUAUCGAUCUCUUCAGACGAUGUCAGUUUAAUUGCUAUGGAUAGAAUUUUGUCCAAAAUUCUAUCAACGAAAGCGACUGGCGUCAUUUACCUGGGUGGAUCAACUGUUGCAGAUGCUUUGUUGAAACGAGCCGAAGGAUACAGUGGUGCAGGAAAACUUCAAUGGAUAUUCACUGAUAGUAUAUCCCUGUCUGAUAGAUUCAAUAAUCAGAAAUAUCCCAGAGGUAUAAUAUCCGUUCUAUCAGGAUCGAGAAAAAUCAUCGAGUUUGAAGACCACUGGGUUAGAAUAGAUGUGAACAGUCCAUCCCAAGAGAAUCCGUGGUUUCAAGAUUGGUACAUGACAGAGUACGACUGUCGUCUGCCCGGGAAUACCAAUCCUAAAUUCACUUCUAAAACACCCUGUACAACACUGACCGAAUCUGAGAGGCGAAACUCAUUUGUCCAGGACCAGUUUGUGGAACCCGCUGUUCAUGCAGUAUAUGGCUAUGCUUACGCCUUUAAAAAGGCGCAUCAGGACAAAUGCAAUGGAGCGCCUGGUCUUUGUGCCGCCUUGUCUGCCAUGACGACUAAAGAAUUCUAUGAAAACUAUUUGCGGGCCGUUGAUUUUACUUACACAAAAAAGGAAAGAGUUGAAAGCUUAGCAUCAGUUGGACUUGAGCCUUAUAAUGCUCCCGCUAAAGUCAAGUUUGACGCCAAUGGAGAUAUUAUGGACCCAACUUACGAUGUUUAUAAUUUUAAUGAUUAUCCCGGAAGCAUGCCAUUCAAGUUUAGAAGACUUGGGUCUCAUUUGAACGGGCGUCUGGAAAUCUUCAGUAACAGAAUACGGAUGUAUGACGAGGGAAGGGACAAUCCCCUGAGCCCACCGCCGUCCUCCGUGUGUCCCAGCACUGGCUGCAUUCCAUGUUUAGGAGAACCAAUCUCAUACCCUUACAUAUACCAACCUGGAGACAUCAUCAUCAACGGAGUAUUCUCUGCUCACUUCCCUGGCGCCGAGGCCGUUCGAUGUGGACUUUUCUUUGGAGACUCCAGAUCAGGGACGAUAAUGUCGGAAGCAAUGCUAUAUGCCAUUCAGCAAGUAAAUAGCAAAGGUAUACUAAAAAACGUGAGGCUCGGCGGGCUUGGUUUUGAUGAUUGCAUGAGUCCUGUGCUUGGAAAGUUACUUGUUACAGAGGUUCACCAACGUAGACGUACCAUUGUGGAUUCUUCUAAAAAUAAUACAUUAAACCCAAACACAAUUGACGCCUACAUGGGAGCAGAGGCGCUCUUCAACACCCUUCCAUUAGCAUCUCUAAUGAAUGAUCUGGAAAGACCACUUUUGGGAUAUUUCGCUUCAUCAACCAAACUCCAGGAAUAUCCAUAUUACCGGUAUAUUUUCCCAUCGAGUUACUACACUUUGAAAGCAGUGGUUCUUAUGUUGAAAAGACUAGGAUGGAACUAUGUCCAGGUUGUUCAAAGCAAUGAUGAGUACCAUGACAUAGCCUUCAAAGAUUUCAAAAUGCUGGCAGCAGAGGAAGGAAUAUGUGUCGUUUCUCGCUUUUCUUUUGGGGAAGAUGGCGAAAUGAUGGACGCAUUCAACAAUCUCAAGCAUGACAUGAAUGUCAGACCAGUGUUUAUUCUGGCGAACAGCACGGAUUUACGGAGCUUUUUGACCACCGUUAAAACAAGUAGUGGUGGUGGCAUGUUUCACUUUUUCUCACACUUGACAGAAUAUCAACACGUGACGGGCAUUGAAGACAUUGCAGAUGGGUUGUGGACAGUCCAUGCCGAUCCAUUAGAUAUGAGCGGCUUCAUCCAACAUCUUAGCGGCCUUCAACCUCUGACAUACACCACAAACCCUUGGUUCAAAGAAUUAUAUGAGCAUGCAUAUAGUUGCUCUUUGGAUGCCUCAAAUAUGAGAUCCUAUCAGACGGUAUGCGCUGAUUCCAAUCUGAAUCCAAUCACGAACAAGCUCAAUACCAUUGCUGUCACUCAGGCUGUGUUCCCAGUCGUGGCAGCAGUACAUGCCGCUGCUUAUGCUAUAGACGAGACUCUUAAACACUACUGUGGGCCGGGUUAUAGUGGGAUCUGCAGCAACUUCCAGACUGCUGCUAACAAAGGCCAGGUUCUGCUACAGAAGCUCGAUGAAGUUACAUUUGAAGUCGAGCCAGGAAAAGUAUUCAGGAUGAAAGAUGAAAGUGCUAAUUUUCUUAUCAAAUACCACAAUUUCAAAAAUGGGGGAUUUGUGGAGGUUGGCAGUUACAAUUUUGAAACCAACGAUUUGUCAAUCCAAACUGGACAAAUUUUAAUCUACGGAGGGGUGCUCGCUACCACCAUCACACCACAUUGUACUGAAGUUUGCACCACAUGUCUGUACAUGUUCAACAACCAGGACUACAUGUAUAUUCCCGGAGACGUCAUGAUUCCGGCGAUUUUCGAUGUUCACUAUCCAGGUUUUCUGCCUUACGUUUGCGGACACUUUCGCUACAAGAAUGGCUUCCAAAACACGGAAGCUUUCAAAUUUGCCAUUGAGAGAAUCAACUCUAGAAAUGCUUCCGUCAAGCUUAAUCCUGGCGUCAAGUUAGGUGGAAUUGGUUUUGAUGGAUGCAUGGAUGACCAUAGAGCUUCAACAAUUCUAUCAGGAUUAUAUGCUGGAGUAUAUCCUUUAGACAAUGGCCGUUUCACAAUACCGCUGCAAAAGUUCACACAUUGGCUGACCUAUAGUAAUAGUUUAACGAUCGGGUCAGCAGGGUACCAGAUGCAUGUGGUAACACCCGGAGCAACUAGCCCAGUUCUAGAUGAUAAAACCGAGUUCAAAAACUUCUUCAGAACAAUACCAUCAGAUAGUAUGAUUGUGAAAGCAAUGGCUCAAACAGCGAAGCUACUAAGAUUUGAAUACAUUAUUACCCUGAACGCUCCAGAAAAGGGUGCCCGAGAUUCGCUUGAUAAAUUCCGGGAAUAUCUUAAAGCCGAGGGUAUAUGCAUCGGUGCUUCAUAUGAGUUUGUAACCGACGGUACAAUGGAACAACUAAUUCAGUAUAUCGUGUCUUCCACUAGCCGAGUCGUAGCCGUUUUUGCUGAUCCAGAUCGUUACAUUGAGGAUCUGCUGAAAGCGAAAAUCACUAACAAUGCUGCAUCCAAUAUCAUCUUUAUGGCCAAUAGAGUUUGGUCUAAUCCAAUGAUUUCAAAUGUUCCGUUAAAUUUGUUAGCUUACGCCGAACGGACUUUGAUGUUUGGCAUGUCACAGUCACCCAUAUCUGAAUUCAGAAACUACCUUAGCACCAAAUAUCCUAACACCUAUACAGACAACCCUUGGUUCUACGACUUUUACCAGCAUUUCUUCAAAUGUAACCUUGGGGGUAACUGGAAAUACCCAGCACCAUGUGUAAACCCAAAUGGUAGACCCAUCAUUUCAUCAUCUGUUGACUUUGUGGAAGAUUACACUGUUUUGCCAACAAUUCACGCCGUCGAAGCCAUUGCUCAUGGCGUCCAUGAAACUCUUCAAUUAAAAUGUGGAGCCAAUUAUGAUUCUGUCUGCUCAAAAUAUCUGACGGAUGUUGACACAAAUAGUGUGAUUAACAGGUUUAUGGACGAAUUAAUAUACACGGACAUUCUCAAUGAAGCUUUCCGUUUCUAUGAAAGAGAGAUUCAAAAGAACAUGAAAGUUUUUAUAAUGAAUAACUACUUGCCAAAUCAGCAAGGGACAUUUGACAACGAGACUGUACGACUUGAUGCAACUUUCCCUAUCCAGAAUUAUGCAAACAUUCCCUCCAAUUGUGUCGGAGAUUGUGCAGUAUGCUACGACAAAGACACCGGAGCAGAAAAGUUCACAUAUUUUCCUGCAGACAUUAUGUUGAUAGGUCUAUUUGACGUUCACAAGAAAGGCCCGACCCCGUACACUUGUGGAGAGAUUAACCAUAGACACGGCGUCCAGCUAGUGGAAGCCUUCCAUUAUGCCAUUGAUUAUGUCAACAGCAGAGAGGACAUUCUUCCAAGGGUCACUCUUGGGGGUAUUGCAUUAGACGUUUGUGAAAGUCCCGAAAGAGCAGGAAAUCUUGUUGCAAACAUACAUAGCAAAAAUCUUGAACUGAAAAACAACGGCUUCGUGUUAGAUCCCGCUAGAUUUGAUGCAUAUAUCGGAACUAUCGAAAGCGAGUCUUCAAUUCGUGUUGCAGAUGUUCUGAAUUCUCUAAGCAUACCGCAAAUAAGUUACGGCGCCACAACGCUUAAGUUGAUGGACCAAAGAAAAUACCGUUAUUUCAUUAGAACUGUUCCAGCAGACGACAAGCAAGCUCGGGCGAUUGUUUCGUAUUUAAAACGAUUUGAGCUUUUCCAUGUUCAAGUUAUUCAUUCUUUUGACAGUGUUGGAGAAUUUGGUCGCGAAGAAUUUUCACGUUUGGCCUUUUUAAAUAAGAUUUGCAUUGCCCAAAAUAUCACAGUUGGUCGAACCGGAUCGGUGGAUGAAACCGAGGCGAAAUCUGCCUUGCAGAAACUAAGUAGCAUGCUAGACGCAAAGGUUGUUAUUCUUUUUGUUGAUGACCCAAGACCAUUCUUAAAGGUUAUUGAAAAUGACUAUUACAUCAGAAAUACGUUUAGGUUUAUCGGCACAGACAAGUGGGGCGAAGAUCCAGAUAUAUGGGAAGGCCUAGAGAACAUGAAACGUAAUCAAACUGCGGUGACAUUUGAUAUUGAAACUGCUGAUCUUCCACUCUUUGACAGAUACCUAGAAGAUAAAACUCCAGAUACUUAUACCUUUAAUCCCUGGUUUAAUGAAUAUUAUGAACUUGUUUACAACUGUUCUUUGUCGGGUGGUGGAAACGAACCAGCUUGUCCUCAGAGAAAAUAUGGACUACCACGCGCCAAAGAUUAUGUUCAAGACCGCUAUGUUCUUUAUGUUGUCAAUGCAGUUUUAUCAGCAGCUAUGGGAGCUCAAAAAGCUAUCGAAAAAAUCUGCCCUCCAAACACGCUAGGCGUAUGCAAUCUUUUCCGAACCAGCGGUGAAAGACGCCAAGAGAUACUUAAUGGUGCAAAGCAGGUGCAAUUUAUAGAUGCCACUAAGCAGCCCUUCUUUUUCACAGAAACUGGACAAAGUGACCGUGGUUAUCAUAUAUGGGAACCUCUUGAAAGGCCAGAACUACCAGGCACAUAUUAUCUUGAAGAUGUUGGAAGCUACAACGAUACUGAUUAUUUGAAAAUAGACGCAAGAUAUGACCCCAAGUGGUAUGCUCCUUGCGAGGGAGUUGCGUCUUGCACCUGCCCUUUCCCCGAGUAUCAGCCUUCCAGGUACAUGCUCAACGCCUCCGACAACCAGCUAAAUGUCGUGUACUUGUCAGAUAUUCACGAAUCUGAUCCCAAUAAUCCUUACGCUUGUGGAAAGAUAGACACUGGAGGAAAUUUCCAGAAUCUGAUGGCAUUCUUUUAUGCCCUGAACGUUGUCAACCAGUAUGUAAACCUCCCAGCCACCCUUAAGCUUGGCGGUCUGGCAUUAGACACAUGCUCAACCCCAGGUAGAAUAGGACAGGAUUUAUAUAGUUUACUCAGUGGCGAAGGACUUUGUGGUGAGGAGGGAGUUGGCCAGGUAAUAGAUCCAUCGACCAUCAUUGUGCAUUUGGCCAAGAACUCUCAAAAUGCUAUCGCAGCCAGUAGUAUUUUGUCUCCUUUGAAAAUUACUAGCAUGAGUCAAAGUGCAACUGCUGUGGAACUCAGCGAUAAAACCAUCCACAAUUACUUCCUCCGAACUGUCCCUCCCGACAAUAUUCAAGCAGUUGCUAUGGCGGAAGUCAUCAAACAGUUUGGAUGGGAUUACAUAUCGGCCGUCUAUACGGAGAACCCCUAUGGAAAAUCUGCUAUUAAAACUUUCCUCGAAAAUACAUCCGCAAACAAAAAAACUUGUACUACUCUUACAUUAUCCAUGAAGACGGAUGCCACAUUAGCCGAUGCUAAAACGGUCAUUGACAAUCUGAACCAGAGAGUUGGUGCUAGGGUUAUUGUUCUGUUUGUAACAGCCAGUCACGCUAGACUUCUAUUGCAAGCGACUUCAGAAAAAGGUCUGAACCAACGAUUCAUCUGGUUUGGAAGCGACACGUGGGCUAAUGAUAUGUCUGUUGUUAAAGGCUAUGAAGAUGUUGCACAGGGUGCCCUAACUAUUCAAAUCAAAUCCGAAGUCAUCAACAGCUUUAAAGAAUUUCUCCAGACUCUUACUUUCCAAAAUCGCCACGGUUUGCCAACCGAUUGGUUUGAAGAUAUUUACCAAACAAUGCACCAAUGUAGAAUUCUCACUAGCGCUGUUAGAAAAACCUACACAAAUAUAUGCACCGGGAACGAGAAAAUCACAGAUGCAAUGAUACCUCAGGAUCCAUAUGUACUUCACACCAUCAUAUCCGUGUUUAUGAUUGCACAAGGAUUAAACCGCAUUGAAGCCUGUAAGUCAUCAAACUUGGGAAUUUCUUCUUGCCUGUCUCUUCAAGAUGAUAAAUUGGAUCUUAUUUUCAAAGGAAUCUCUGAUGCUCAGUAUCGAGUCCUGCCAGAUGAUUUGGGCGACAAAUCCUUCAAUUUUAGAUUUAAUGAUGAUGGAUAUGGAGACGUUGGCUAUAAUAUUCUUAACUUUCACAGAGAUCCAACGACGGGUCAAUUCGUGUAUGAACAGAUUGGUAGUUACCAGCAGGAACUGGUCCUCCAGAAGACUCGCUACCAGGCCUUUAGCUUUGCUCUAUCCCGGGCUCCACCUUCUUCUUUGUGUCCCAUCGGAGGUCGAUGCGUCUGUCAAAACGCAGACGGAACAACGUACUUCCAGGAGCACGAGGGAACGCCAGGUGUGUCCUACUACAAACUAGACGACGGAAGCUACGUCAAUGCCCAGACAGGACAAAUAAUCCAAGUAGAGAGUGCCCCUGAAAUCGACGAUAGAUUUAGGGAUAUAUGGGGCAUUAUUGUGGCAACCUUGGCUGGUAUUGGUGUGUUUGCUUCUCUUUGCAUCUUCAUAUACUUACUGGUCAACUACCCAUUCAAGAGUGGAACAACAGUAUUGGGUUUCAUGUUGUCCUUUGGAAUUGUUUUAGUGUACGCUAUGGUGUUUGCUUUCAUUGUACACGCCACUGAAGAAGUAUGCGGUCUCCGAAGAUUCUGUCUAGGGCUUGUCUAUGCAAUCUGUUACAGUGCCUUGUUUAUUAAGGUUGUGGACUGUUGGCGAAACAAAGAGAAGGAAGUCGAAUAUUCUAAUUCUUACAAAAAGCUCGGCAAACCUUUGGGUCUCUUCUUUGUUGCAUGCUUACUAGUGCUGAUUCAGUGCUUGAUAAAUGCUGAGUGGUUGAUCCUGGAAGAACCAAAAAUGGAGCGCGUCAUAUACAACAACAUGCUCUGGCCGCGUUGUACGCCCGACGACUUCUACGACGAAGGUCUUGUUCUGUCUCUUGUGUAUAUAAUGGUCAUCAUAAGUCUCAGUGUCAUUCUUGGUAUCCUGUCAUGGAGAUCGAUCAAAAACCACAGGGAGGUGCGAUGGAUUCUGGGAAUCUUCGCUUUGGGCAUUCCAGUUUGGGUCGUUUCUUGUAUUGUUGCCACGCUGGGAGAAUACAAAAUGCGUGAUCCUGCCAUUGCUAUAGGUUUGCUGAUGAACGCCACUAUUAUGUUUGUAUUAGGUCCACUGCGCAGAGUAUAUCUCCUCAAUAGUUUUGAUACCAAACUGGAGCGGGAGUCCCAAGUAGACGAUAGAAGUAUUCGAGGUUCAGUGUAUGGCAGACAAUACGACAAUGUUGGUAUGCUUCAUGAUACCAACUCUGUUCGAGGAAGCAUGAAUGCCCAGGAACAAAUGUACUAUCCAGAGAGAAAUUUGCCAUAUUGAGAAUCAGUUUGCUCCAAAGAAGAACUAGACCUGAAUGGAUAUCAAAAUGUGCAGACGGAAUGUUUUAGAACAUCUAGAGCUUUCCGUUGUGUCUUGCCGAAAUUUUCUCAUGUACAAUAUUUAGUGGUGCUUCUUUGCACUCGUAAACAGUGAUCUUUUCGUAUAUUUAACUCUUAUACAAAGGACAUACAAGUACCUCUCAUUGCGAUAUUCGUCAGGUGAUUGUCCACUGCAGAAAAUUAAGAUUAUGUAAAACCGUCAACUUUUUAAUGCUUCGAGUUUCUAAGUGCUGAAAAGGGGAAUUGUUUCUUAUUGUGAGUAAGUGUAUGUGGUAAAUGAAUAACUAGAAAAUGAAUAGCACGCAUUAAGAUUGUGUAUAUACUUUCAUUGCUACAUCGCGUAUGAGUGCUGAGAGAAAUGAUAUUUAUCUGCAUUAUUUUUGUAUAUCGUUGUUUAUGAAUUUUGAUAUUUUAAAUAUAGAAUUUUGUAUAUUUUGUAA